CUCCCUUUUAUCAGAGGAGUGUCUGCAUCCUGCCUCAGUGUGUGUUUGUGUGUGCUCGGCCUGUAGCAUGGCGUCUCUCGGCCUCCUGCUGCUCAGCACUGCUCUGAUCCACACCACUCAGUCUCUGCCUGCAGCUCGCGCUGGGGGCCACGGCCUGGAUGUGUCAGUGGGUGGAGUCAGACGCCAGCGCAGAGACCUCCCUAACCUGCUGCCUUAUGAAGAUCAGAUGAUGUCAUAUCCUGCCAUGCAGGGAGGAGGCAGGGCCAAUGACCUGUACUACCAAUCAGAUGACUGGAGGGGGAGGGGCUUGGACCAGGCACUGCAGCGAUUGGUGGAGAGAGACCAGAGGAAGGAGCAGGAAGAGGAGCAGCGAGCUGCCUACCUGGCAGCUCUGCUCCGCCUACUGAGCGAGGCAGAGAGCGCAGGACUGGUCGGUCCGGGUGACGUGGAAGUGGUCGAGGAGGAGGAGGAUGAGGAGGAUGAUCAGGGCCCCACAAGGGACUUCCAGGGCCCUGCUCCUGCAGACUACGAUGAGACUGGAAGGGGGAUGAGCAUGGGGAGGCCCCGGGCCGCCUGGUGGGGCCUUGUGGAGCCCCAGCUUGCUCAGGCCCUGCUUGACAGGAUGGAUCCCCGGCUCGCUCAGACGCUGCUGGAAAGAGCGAAACAGGAGAGACGUCAGCAGGCUGGACGAGUCGCAUCAGGACUGAGCCGAGACCAGGAGACCCUGAGGCGGAUGGUUGCUGGGAUACUCUCCAGCAUCGGUCCUAACGGUGCCUCGGUCGCCUCCUCUGGUCGCAGAGCGAAGAGGGACCUGUCAGCCAAAGCACCUGAGCCUGUUAGCUCCGCCCACAGAAGAACCCGCCGUUCUCUUGACGAUCUGGCUCCCCCUUCACCUAGCAACGACCCUCCCCUCCUCAGGGUGAAGAGGCUGGAGGAUUACGACGGAGAGGAGCAAGGAGAGAAGCUGCACCCCCAGGUGGUCGGGCUGCAGAGGAUGAAACGCAUCGACACUACGUCAACAGGCGACGCAGAGGAACUGAAUCAUGGGAGUCGUAGGCGCCGGAGGAGAGCCGCUCUGAACUACGACCCACAAAUAUUGGUGGAUCAGAUUCUGGAGUACAUGAGGGAGUGAGGAGUAGAGAAAAGAGUAUACGUUGUCAUUCAGGUUUUUAUUUGUGCAUCUUUUUCAUUUGUUCCUGCUGCUUUCGUGAACAUUUAUCAGGUUGUUUGUUGUAAAAAUGAGGAGAAAUGUCAAACAGAUGGAAAAGGAUAAAACGGUUCUGUUUGUGCGACUCUUUAAAACACUACAUUUCCCAUGAGCCUCAGCAGGCAUUGUUCCAGCACAUUCAAUGAACCAAAAUCUAAAAAUUCACCUGAAUCAAAUUUGUGAAAAACUUCUUUCUCAAGCUCUCCGAUUGGCUGAUAAUCUACUGCAAUGGUCUCUGGGGCUUGUAGUUAGACUCUUCAUUACUGUAAUGUGGUUACAUUGUUACAGGUUCGCCAUUAAAUCGAGCUUCCUUCUGUCAAAAAAGAUGGAGAGAUGGUGGAAAGUGGUAAUAACCUUGGCAAUGGCUCAUCAGCUAUGUGAUCAAUACGUUCUCGUUGUGUUCCUGUACUUCAGCUUGUGAUGAUUCGUCUGUCUGUGGUGAAAUUUUGAUUCAUGUCACACUCAGAAAUAAAGUCGGUAAAGUCGACCUUCA